GUCUUUAUUUUUCUCGGUGCUGCAUGUGGAUCGACUCGUGCCAGCUCAUGCUUGAAGUGCUUCCUAAUUGAGCCACUGGUGUCUACAUCACUCAGACCACACAUAAUCCACUGUCUCUCCUGAUCCUCCAAUUCUCAGUCUCUGCUACUCCAACCAGAGAUUUCUCAAGCCAUUUCUGACGCUCCUGUGGAAGAUCAAUUCAGUUACUGAGUACUCUUUCUGUUCGUUUCAGGAGAGCAAGUGUCCUAUGCUAAGUUUACAGAAGAUGGAGAAGAUCGUUUCAGAUGAUACAAAUAUUACUGAUGAGCCGAGUCUUUCAAAGCCUGAGGAUGUAGAAGGAAAUGAACAAGGGGGGAAAAUCAUACAGGUGGACGUAGCAAGUGCUGAAGCAAAGGAUGAAAAGAAAAAAGAAGAUAUUGCGAUCGAGGAGGCGAAGGAAGACAUAGAAAGACCAGCGGAAGACAAGGGCUUACAUGAUUCAACUGAUGUACCUAAUACUCAACCAGCCGAGGUUUCAGAAGCAUCUUUCUCCGAAGAUCCAGUUGAGGCACCGAAAGAAAUUGCUCAAGAAUCAUUUGAAAUAAGCAAUUCCUCCUUGCUAGAAAUCGACAAGCAUGUCGAACCGUCCUCCCAGAGCCAUGCCAAUGGCACAAAAGAUCCAGUUGGAGCACCAAAAGAACUCGAGAUUUCAGAAACUGCUACCGAAGAAGAAAAAGGUGUUCAAGAAUCGACAGCAGAUGUUUCUGCAACAGAUGACAAUCCUGUCGAACAGGUGCCUGAAACGGUUGCUCAGGAGCCUUCUGAAGCAACCUUAGUCACCACCACUGGCGCAGCAGAAAAACCGGCAGAUGAGGAGGUUACAGUUGAUACAGUUGAAUUAGUCAGCCGUCAGCUACCCAAGGAAGAACUUCCUCACAGUGGAGCUACAGAGCCAACUGAAUGCCCUGUAAAUGAGGUUCCUGAAAUUGCUCAAUCUGAAAGUUCAGAUGUUGUUCCUACUGAGCCUAAGCAAGUUCAAAUUGAAAUCAUUGCUGCCGAACUGUCCGAUACACAGGUAGUUUCAGAACCCGAGGACAAAACUGUCGUCGUAUCUUCGGAUGACACUCCCACUAGUGAAGUUGUUGAAGGUAUCGCAGAGCUAGAAACUGAGGCUAAAAUGAAGGAUCAAGAGAAUAAUAUAGACAACGAAAAAACGACUUUAACUGACACAGCACAAUCCAUUACUGAAGGUGUUGUAGUUACUGAAGAUGCAGAGAACGGAAAUUUGCAAGUACAAAAUCCAAAUUCGGUCGAACUCACUCGAGACAUUAAAAUGGUUGGAGUUGAAACUGAGGUGCCUUCCAACAAUCAGUUAGAGACAGAAUCAAAGCCAAAUAAGCAAACUCUUCUGGAUAAAUUUGCAAAUGAGAACACAGAAGAGAAGAAGCAAGAGCCUGCACAAGUUGACCCUGGAAUUUUAACUGAAACCAACAAAGAUGGCGAUGCUACAAAAGCAGAUGAAGAGACUACUAAAGCAGAACUAUCAGGUAAGAAAUCUAAAAACAUAAUGUCAAAAGUGAAGCAGUCGAUUGUAAAGGUGAAGAAGGCAUUGAUUGGGAAGUCACCAAGUUCCAAAACCAUGGUAGCUGAAGGAAUUGAUGACACAAAAGCUAAGUAGGCGAAGGUUUCUUAUGAACACGUUGAUUGCGUUGGUUACAUGGUUUGUUCUAUUGGUUGUUUUCCUUUUGCAUAUGUGUUGCUUAAGCAUGUUGUGUAAUCUGCCAGCCCUCGACACGACUUCACGUGUUUAUGGAAGCUAAAUAUGCUUGCGAGGUUCUUUGAACGUAUGCAAAACAAGGGGGAGGUUGUAAUUAAAGCUUGGCCUUUGAACAGGUCAUCCAUGUAAAGUAUGUGUGUAUUGUUCUUUACCUUUGUGGUUUCAUUUGGCACUGUAUUGUGGAAUCAUGAUAUUCUUGGAGGUGUUCAUAUAAUUUUCAAAGCAUUCUUUUGGUU